AUGGUUCGCGGACCGCGUCACCACUUGAAGCACCUUGCUGCCCCCAGCUCGUGGAUGCUGGACAAGCUGUCCGGCACCUAUGCGUCGCGCCCGAGCACCGGUCCUCACAAGCUCCGUGAGGCCCUUCCCCUGACCGUUCUUCUGCGCAACCGCUUGAAGUACGCCCUCACUGGCCGUGAGGUGAUGAGCAUCACCAUGCAGCGCAUCAUCAAGGUCGACGGCAAGGUUCGCACCGACCCGACCUACCCCACCGGUUUCCAGGACGUUGUCUCGAUCGAGCGCUCGGGUGAGCACUUCCGUAUCCUCUACGACGUCAAGGGCCGCUUCAUUGUGCACCGCAUCACCGAGGAGGAGGCUUCGUAUAAGCUCCUCAAGGUGAAGCGUGUUCAGCUCGGUGCCAAGGGUGUGCCGCACAUUGUUACCCACGAUGGCCGCACUCUCCGUUACCCCGACCCCCUUGUCCGCGUCAACGACACUGUCAAGUUCGACGUUGUGAACAACAAGAUGGUCGACUUUAUCAAGUUCGACACGGGUGCGCAGGUUAUGAUCACGGGUGGCCGUAACGUUGGCCGUGCUGGUGUGAUCCUCGCCCGCGAGCGCCACCACGGUGGUUUCGACAUUGUCCACCUCCGUGACCCCGCUGGCCGUGAGUUCUCCACCCGUCUCAGCAACGUCUUUGUCAUUGGUGACGCUGAGAAGCGCUGGAUCUCCAUGCCCCGCGGCGGUGGUGUUAAGCUCACCAUCACUGAGGAGCGUGACCAGAAGAGGAAGCAGCGCGAGAACGCCCAGUAA